AUGAAGAUCAUCUGCACUCUUGUUCCCUUCCUGAUCCUUCUAGCCACGAUGGCUGAAGGACGCAGCCUCUACCAGGGCAUACCCCCCGGCGACGCCGUUGUUGUUCGCGAUGAACACUCUCUCAACAAUUUGGCCAAGGUAAACUCUGACACAAUUCGCUACUCGAACAACGAAGCUCGAGCCAUUGUGACCGAAGGACUUGAGCGCCACCACACCGUACCCCCAAGUGAUGUCGUUAUCUUCCACAACCAAGAGUCCCUCAGCGAUCUGGCCAAGAACAACCUUGACACACUUCUCUACCCUGGGAAUGGAGGGUACUACCUGAAGGAUAUGGAUGAAGUUGUCAUUGGCAUCGCUUCCGAUGACCUUUGUGAGCACUUCGAUGCAUCUUUUGCAUUCGUUGGUAAUACUGACAAGGCAGAUGUUACCAAGGAGUGUCUGAAAGAGAAGGGCACGGGGAAAUGUCCUACUACCUCUAGCUGUCCUCCUGGCACGGAGGUCUGUGGUGGUCCUCAUGGUUGCUGUGCUUCCCCUCUUCGCCCUGAUGCUACUAGUAACUGCCUUGGUUCCCACUGCACUAGAUCUGGAGAUUGUCAGAACAGCUUCUGCGUUACGUGGGCGUCAAAUUCGAAGCGUUGCGUUGUCUAG